AUGGACUCGGCGCCAGCCUUUGCCAUGGACAAGCCGUUCGCCCCCGGCGCCGUGCGCGGCCCGGAGCCGCCCGAAAACGCUCAAAGCCGGAAAAACUUCAGCGUGAGCCACCUCCUCGACCUGGAGGAGGUGGCGGCCGGUAUGAACGGGACCCCCGCGGCCGGUCCCCCGCCCGCCGGCAGCGGCAAGGCCAUCCCGGAGCCGUCGGGAGGCAGCAGCGGCAGCGAGGCAGCGCCCCAGGACGGUGAGAGCCUGAGCCCAAGCUGCGGGGCAGCCAAAAGGAAGAAGAAGCAGAGGAGGAACCGCACCACCUUCAACAGCAGCCAGCUGCAGGCUCUGGAGAGGGUCUUUGAGAGGACGCACUACCCCGACGCCUUUGUGCGGGAGGAGCUGGCCAGAAGGGUCAACCUCAGCGAGGCCAGAGUCCAGGUGUGGUUUCAGAACCGGAGGGCCAAGUUCCGCCGUAAUGAGAGGGCGAUGCUGGCCAACAGAUCGGCAUCACUGCUCAAAUCCUACAGCCAAGAAGCAGCCAUUGAGCAGCCCAUGGCACCACGACCCACUGCACUGACCCCGGAGUAUCUCUCUUGGACCAGCACCUCCCCGUACAGCACUGUGCCCUCCUACAGCUCCAGCGGGACCGCAACGCCCACCCAAGGGGUGAACAUGGCCAACAGCAUCGCCAGCCUGCGCCUCAAAGCCAAAGAGUUCAGCCUCCAUCAGAACCAGGUGCCGACCGUGAACUGAGCAGGGCAAACCCCAUCCCAUGGCCUCCUCCAGGAUACAGCGUGGAGCUCCUGUGCCGGUCCAGGACAAAUCCACUGCCUGCCCAGCACACAUGCCACUCAUACAAUGUCUCAGCAUCUUCUCUCCUCUUCCCUUCCCUUCUGAAGGUAGAGUCAGUCCCAGGCCGAAGUGGCACAUAAUUAUAGCCACAUAUGGAGCGAACUCGGUUAGAAACUUGCUUUUCCGCACACCCUUGUAAUAACGGCUAUAUAUACACACAUACCCCCCACACACUCUUUGAGGACAAACAGACUUGCCAAGGGAACAAGAAUUUGCUUCCAAACAUGGAAGGAUCUUGGACUAUUGGAUUUGACCAAUUUGGGUAUCUUGCCCAGAGAGCCAAAGAGUUAUUGGGUCUUCUCCUCCCGCAGGGACAGUGUGGGAGGAUCACGAGCCCCCCUUUCCACCAGGCUGUGACUUGCGGCGCUCAACUGUGUGUGCCAAAGCUGAUCUAUGUGUUCGUUUCUUUGUGCAACUCCAGCCACAGUGUGGGAUUGGGACUUCUCAAAGUUUGGGACUUUGGGAAGCUGAUGGCUCACCCAUGCCAUGGCCAGUUUCGGCCAGCCCUCUGCACUGUGCUGCCUGCAUUUAGGAGCUGCCCAUGCUGAUGGCACCAGGCUUUGUCCCUUCCCAGAGGGGCAAGCAGAGCUGCAGCAUCUCAACAGACCCUCCUGGAGCCUGGGAGCUCUCCCAUGAGCUGGGGAUGCAUCGCCAAUCUCCAAGCAGGCACCACUGCCCUGCCUCGGCGGAUUUGCCAGCGAUUCUGCAAAGCCCCAGGUCAUUGAACCGUCCCAGGGAACGAGAAAAUUGGAAAAAGCUGUUGGGUUUCAGCUGAGUAGGCGGCUCCCAGCACUUCGUGCCAACGAAGGCUUCGCCUUCCGGAGGCACAGCCUCCCCGUCGGCAGCUCCGCAGAUGUGCUCGGGGGUCUGGGGCCGACAGCUCCAUGGGGGGAGGCUUUUUUGGUUUUACAGAAAGGAAAUGGUUUCCCCCUCAUCCCACCCUGCUUUGCAGCCUAAAGAGGUUCCAAGGUGGGAUGUGCAGGGGGACGGACAUGGGGUGGGCGUCCUCGUUCCCCUGCCAGUUCCACAGCCAGAGUGAUGGAGGUGUGGUGUUCCUGUGGACAAAGCCCACUGGAAACCAGAUCACCC